GUUGCUUCGGAUAUUAAAGUGGCGCGCUUUUUGUACUUCAUCUAAAUAGUAGAUUAAAAAGAAAUAAAAUAAAAAUAAUAAUAGCAAACGCCCCUCGUUUUUGUGAAUGAUAAAAUGACAAUUGAACUCGGCUAUCAUAAAAUAUCAUGCUUUGAUAUUUUGCAGAUCAAUGUCUUCCCGGUCUUCUGUCAGCUCUGUAACAUUACCAUUCUAUUCGUUCCCUAAAAACACACAACACAUAUGUUAAAGGAUUUUUUCUGGUAUUUGUUUUCUAAUUUAAUUUACGUUUUCAGGCGAAUGAUCCAAACUUUGGUAGAUCUGCCAUCGAAGGGCAUGCGACUUGCUCAUGACAUCUGCCUGGGUAAUGCUACUCGAUUGCAAGGUCUUCAUAUUCGUUUACCGGCUGACAACCUCUCAGUUGCUGCUCAUGUCGAUGAAUGUUACCUACAAAGACUGAACACUAACCAAGAGACGGCUGUCAAAAGAUCCCUUCGAGGACGCUUUACUCUCAUUCAAGGACCACCCGGAACUGGGAAAACGAUCACUGGAGUUCACAUCGCCUACUGGUUUGCUGAAAUGAACAGACGGAAUACUCCACCUGACCGAACUACCCCAGCCGAAGAAAUACCCGAGAAAGCUCCCCCACAAGUUUUGUACUGUGGGCCUUCAAACAAAUCUGUGGAUGUCGUCGCAGAGUAUUUGAUGAGAAUCAAAGGCAUUAAGAUCCUUCGAGUGUACGGAAAUUUCAUCGAGCAGAAAAGGUUUCCCAUACCAAACCAAAUACAGCCAACUCGUCCAAUUGCCAGCGAGCAAGAAUUGAGGGUACCUGAGAACUUGAAAAAAAUCGCGUUACAUUACGUGAUCAGAGACAAGGAAACGUCACCGUAUGCAGACAAUCUGAGGCGCCUCGAAAAACGUUUUGCAGCAAAGAAGAAAAAGAAGAAGAAAGUGGAGGAGGAGUUAGUCCAAGAGUACCUGGCGAUCAUUUUUCCCGUAGGCAGUGAAUGCGAUUUUGUGAUCAUAUCUUUGGUCCGAUCGUUACCAGACUCCCAGAUAAACCACGAGCCUGACGGCGGGUGGCUUAAAGAGCACCUGGGAUUUGUAACGGAUGAGCAUCAAAUCAAUGUUGCUCUGACCAGAGCGAAACGAGGACUUGUUAUUAUCGGUAACAAGAAUUUGCUUGAGGUUUGUGAAAUGUGGAGCUAUCUUAUUGAUCAUUAUCAAAUGAAAGCAUGCUUCGUAGAGAGUGGAGGCUGGCCUUGAAUUUAACUACCCGCCUGCAUUCAAGUAGAAUUGAAAAUGGCCACUACCUUCUGAAAAGAGGAAUUACCAGUCGGGACUAAACGUCGUUUAUAUCCUGUAUUAGUAUCACCCAACUAGUGGACUAAUGCAAAUCCUGCAUUUUGAUUGGCUACGC